GCCUUAUCGAUUGCGGUCCAGGAACAAAAAAAAAACUUCUGGGCCCAUGCGGCCAAGGGUCUCAAUGCGAGAUUCUCACGGUGGUUUCCUGUAACAUCUCGAAUCCCCCUUCGUCGUUAUUGGAGCGCAACCAGUUCUUCGAGAUCGCAGAGCUCACAUAAUUUUCACAAUGGCGACCACAGACCCAGAGAAGCGCUCCAAGAAGACCAAGGCCAAGGCCGAGCCCGAAGCUGAAGCCGAAGUCGAAGAUGCGCCAAAACAAUCCCCCGAGUCCUCCAAGAAGCGCAAAUCCACUGCCGCCGCCGAGGAGAUCGAAGUCGACCUCGAGGCCCCCGAACCCCCCUCCAAGCGCGCCAAGCGUGCCCUGAAGAAGGGCAAGAAGCUCCCCGUCAAGCUCGACAGCGAUGACGAGAGGGAAGCCAAGAAGAAGGAGGAGAAGGACCAGGCCAAGGCCGCCGCCCGCUCCGAGCACGGCGUGUGGAUCGGUAACCUGCCCUUCUUCGUCACCCCCGACGAGCUGCGCAAGUGGCUCAUUGACAACUCGGGUGAGAUGAUCACCGAGGAGUCCAUCACGAGAUUACACAUGCCCACGACAAAGCAGGCCGGCAAGGACAAGCCUUCCAACAAGGGUUUCGCCUACGUCGACUUCAACGAUGUCGCGCCCAAGGUCGCUGCCAUUGCGCUUACCGAGGCCGAGCUCAGCCGUCGUAAGCUUCUUAUCAAGGACUCCAAGUCGUUCGAGGGCCGGCCAAAGAAGGAGGAGGAGACUGCUGCCGCCGGUGGGGCUGGUGCGGCUGCGGCCAAGGAGGAGGUUCCCAAGAGCAGCAAGAUCUUCAUUGGCAACCUGAGCUUCAAGACGACCGACGACGACGUGUGGCAGCACUUUGAAAAGUGCGGGCAGAUUGACUGGGUCAAGGUCGCCACCUUUGAGGAUACCGGCAAGUGCAAGGGCUACGGCUGGGUCAAGUUCCGCGAGCCCGAGUCCGCCGGCUGGGCCGUCAAGGGCUUCGUCAAGAUCAAGGAGGAGAUUGAGACGGAAGACGAUUUUGUCGCCUCCAAAGACAACGACGGUGACGACGAGAUGGCGGAAGGCGAGGAAGACAAGAAGACGGAAGAGAAGAAGUUCAAGCUGAGAAAAUGGUGGGUCAACAAGCUGCUCGGUCGCAUGCUCAAGAUUGAGCUCGCCGAGGACGACCAGACGAGGUACAAGAAGCGGUUCGGCAAGGAUGCGCCGAAGAGGCAGGAGCAAAAGGCCAGGGGAGAUGGCGAGGAGGGCGGCGAGGAUGCGACCGAGGAGAGGAUGCCGAGGGCGCCCCGGCCCCCGAAGACGGAGAAGCCCAAGGCUCCGGCGGGCGAGCUCAAAGCGCAGGACGAUCUCAUGGUUGCGCGGUUGACGGGUGCGGCGGCGAAACAUACCGGUACCAAGAUUACGUUUUAGCGAACAAAUUCACACUUGUCGUUUCUCAGCAGCAUCACUUUGUACAUGUCAUUCAUCGCAACUACGGCUGAACCCCUGGGGGAAAUUUACCUGCCAGUGUUAGCCAGCAAGAGAGCUCCCCCUUGACCAACUACCUAAUCUCAUAUCUAGACCGGGGGAAAAAACAGCCGGCUUCGUUGACCACGUUCUAUUGGGCGAUCACUAGAUCGGUCAGCCACCAUCUUCAGCUCCAGCUCGAAUGAUCUCUACGAUCCAUGCUAUCCCUGUCACGGCCCUGUAACGAGCAACCGCAGCU